AUCUGUCCUCUUUUCUCUUUGUGCAUUUGCUUAUCCUGUCAUGCAGUGACCUUCUCCCUUUGUCGUCCAUUCUUCUCCCAGCCUGUUUUUUUUCCCCCCACUUUUCUUCGCUCUUUGCCUAUGCUUCAGCAGAUGUUGAUGAUGUCAGCCUGAGGGUUAAAUAUUGGGUCUGUCACACGGCUGAGAACUCCGACUGGAGACGAGGACAAACAGGAGGGAGGGAAGCCGAGCUGCUGGUUUGGUCGUUUGGAUCGAACAGAUGGAGUCGUUCUCAGGAGACAAUGAAGAAGGCACAGAGGACGUCACAAAACGUAAAAGCUCCAAAAUCAAGUUUCUGAAAAGCCGUUUCUUCAGGAGGGCUAAGAAGACGGGUGCAGAGGCAGAUGCCAAGCUCAGCCAGUCGGCUAGUGAUAUAACCGUUGGAAAAGGACUUGGUUCAGAUGAAGAUUUAGCCUCUCAGGGUGCAAUGGGCUCCAGAGCGUUUUCCCACGAAAGCAUCUUUCUGGAUGACCAGGUCCUUUCAGACCCGGAUCCAGUCAGGGUUUCAUCUCAGGAGAAUGUUCACAGCAAAAUCAAAUCUCUGCAAAUGAAGCUCCAGCUGCAGAAGAUGCAUUUUGGGCCACCGCCAAUGGUUCUGCCAGUCAGGAGUCCAGAGGAAACGGCUCAGCAGUCGGAGGACUUUACUUUCCACGGCUCUAAUGAAAACUCAGGAGAGGGAACCCUCACGAAGUCGACAUCUCAGCCAACUUCUCCCCCAGUCUUGGCUCAAACAAGAUCGCCACCCCGAAUGCCUUCCCAUCACUUUUCUUUUUCUGGACCCAACUAUUCAUCACCGGCUACAGCUGAGGCUCCGGUAGACUUCAACACACCAGCCGAAUUCACCGCCUCCCUAGAUACAUCUGCUUUACGCCACAGGAUGUCCAUCAAACCUAGAAACCAGAGAGCCAGUUCGAAGAGAAAACCAUCUUCUGGGAUUGAAUCUGGGUCUCCUUUACGGGACCUGAAAGUCCGUGACCGAUUUGAGCUCGUUCAAGAACAAGAAAAGGAGGUUGUUGCUCAAGAGGGAGAAAGAGUGGAGACAGACAAAGGACAGGCCAAUCUUUCCCAGCUUUCUCCACUAACGUUUGAAGAAUUGUCACCAGUUUCAUCUGAGGUUGCGUCCAAAUUACCCAGUCAGGACAACGCUCUUCCUGAGGUCAAAGCCUUCCCAAUUCUUCGAGUGAAGCCUCCAGGGCAAUUGGACGCAUCAGCCACUAAACGGCCCCACUCAUCCUACAUCGAUUCAGAAAUCAAGGAGAAAAAAGAAUCGUAUUUGGAGAGCCAAUUAACGUCCCAAAAUAAGAGAAAAACUUAUUUUUCCAGUAUGACUGAAGUGUCCUCUGAGCAGCUCUCGCCUUUCAGCUCCUGGUUGACAUCCAGGUCACCUCUUGCUCAGCAACAGCAGCCUAAAAAUGAUGAGGACAUCUCAACAAGAACAGAGAGACAAUCAUCAGGAUCUGACUCCUUUCAUUUGUCCAGAAACUGGGAUGAAGAAAAAGCUCAAUCAGGCAGUUUAAUGGGACUCCUGGAAAACUCUAAACCCAGGACUAAAUCAUUCGGGGUAGCUGAAGAGAAAAUUGCAAAAGAAAGAGAAGAACUAAAGAGUUUAACAGGAUUCUUGGAAAAACCUGAAGCCAGGUCUCGAUCAUUUGAGGGGCUAGAAGAGAAAAUCACAAGAGAAAAGGAGGAAGUUAAACGUUUGACGGGAUUCCUGGAAAAAUCCGAAGCCAAGACGAGAGAAUUUGGGGGGACAGAAGAAAAAAUUACAAGAGAAAGAGAGGAUUUAAAGAGUGCCACUGGAUUCUUUGAGAAACCUGAAGCCAGGACUGGAUCAUUUGAGAGAACAGAAGAGAAAAUCACAAAAGAAAAGCAGGAAGCUAAAAAUUUCACAGGACUCCUUGAAAAUCCUGAAGCCAAGACCAGAUCUUUUGGGGGCACAGAAGAGAAAAACACAAGAGAAAGAGAGGAACUUAAACAUUUUACUGGAGUUCUUGGGAAACCUGAAGCCAAGACCAGACCAUUUGGGGGAACAGAAGAAAAAAUCAUAAAUGAAAUGGAGGAAGCUAAACAUUUUACAGAGUUCCUAGAAAAACCUGAAGUCAAGACCAGAUCAUUUGGGGGAAUAGAAGAGAAAAUAACAAAAGAAAAGGAGGAAGGUGAAAGUUUCUUGGAAAAACCUGAAGUCAAGACGAGACCAUUUGAAGAAAAAAAGACAAGACAAAGAGAGGAACUUAAACAUUUUAGUGGAGUCCUUGAGAAACCUGAAGUCAAGACCAGACCAUUUGGGGGAACAGAAGAGAAAAUCACAAGAGAAAGGGAGGAAGUUAGAGGUUCACAGCCGAAAGGGAGCUCCUUUGCUGCAGACAGAUCCAAGGGCUCAUCUCUUCCAUGGGAAAGAAAUCUCAAUUAUAAAAAAAUAGAACCAGUGACAACAGUCAAAAACUCACCCUUAGACACGUAUGUCGUAGAGGCAGCGAGAGUGGAUGGCACUGGGGAGACAGUGGAUGAGGCUGUGGUAGCAAAGGGGCUUCCGGAGGAUGAAACAAGGACACCGUUUGGUGUAAAGCUUCGCUCCACAUCGCGCUCAUUCAAGUUCCGCUCUGAAACAGCUUCUCAACGGCAUUCAGCGACGCUGCUGUCCGAUGACCAAGAUGUCGACACAAAGAAAAGCCAGAAAUUGGUCGACUGUUCCAGUCAAAUAUCUGAAAAGAUACUAGCAAACACAAGCAGCUCCCCCAGAUCACCAGAUCCAGCUCCUUUUGGCGUUACCCUUCCAGUCAGGCGCAACGCUUCACUUGAAGAAAGUUCUCAAACCACUCCCGUAGAAGUCCAAACAACUUCCAUACACCUCGGGGAACCUGACACUCCCCCCCAGGUGAUUCAGCCAAGCCCACAAGCAUCCUCAUCCGACCUGUCCUGGAUGGUUUUGGCCAUGGAAAAGACCAGGAGUCUCCAACAUCUUUUGACCAGCAGAUUUCAAAGAGAUUUUACUAGCACACAAACUGGAGUUCGGCCUAAAAGCCAAGAAGAGCCAAUCGCUGGACCCCAAGUGCAGAACCAGACAGGAAAGAUUCAACAGAGCACACCACAGCUAUCAUCAGACAAAAUGAAAGAAGAAUCUGUUCAAAGCAGUGGCCAAGAGCAAGCUGCCAAACCCUCGACACCAGCAUCGCAAAAGAAGCUGACAACUCAGUUUGAGUCAUGCAGCUCGAGAGCCUCUCCAAUCUCGAGACAAAUGAGCCAGCCUAACAGAGCUCAAUCAGACAAUCAGGCCAUCCCAAGAACAACACACUCUCCAUCGCCCUCUUCUCCUCUAAUAGGCAACACGUCUCCAUUUACAUUUACACGACGGAACGUACCCCAGUUGCUUGCACAGUCUUACCAAUCCUCUCCCCAGCAGCAAACCUGCUGGACCAGUCAAGGUCUCCAACCUGCCACUCAACUCAAACAUGCACCUUCAACUCUGGAGCCAGAACCUGCAGUCACAUCUGCUGCAUCUCCUACCCUUGACUUUGCCUUGGAAAGAAGAGAAAAAGAAUCCAGUGUUCCAAAAGAAAGUUCAUCCCUCGUAAGCAAGCGGGUACUUUGGACUGGAUCAGCGGCCGACAGGGUUGCCUUCAUGGAGAAACGGGCAGAAUGGACAAUGCCACCAUUGCUAAAGGAGGUGGAACAGAAGAAAUCUCAAGCACAAAUUCAGACCUCAAGUGACACUGACACUCUGGCUUACCUUUUCCCUCUAAGCAAAGAUACAGUGGAAAUUAGACAAGUGGCAAAAUCAGCAGAAUCCAGCCCAUCCAGGGUUAUAGAAAAGCCUCCUGAGGACAAAUGGACCCGGAAAAAUGUGGAGCUGCCCUCCUCCCCAUCUUCUUUACGCACUCGUUCAUCAGCGCUGCAUUCUGACAGCAGCCAGCCAUCCUGGAUGGAGCUGGCGAAGAGGAAGUCAAUGGCUUGGAGCGAUAAGAGUAUGGACUAAAAGGGGAAUCUGAGAGAUUUAUGGGUUCUGGAAACAAGAAUAAGUACUGUUUUGAAUGAGAGAAUAAGAUAAGGGUUGAGGAAAGCUACCUCUAAGGUGUUGAUCAGAUGUGAUGGAAAAUUUUUACCCUGUUUCUAUAUGAUCACAAAGUUUUAUUGUUUUAGGAACAGAAAGAGACUCAAUAAAUUAAUUUCAUUAUGAUCUCACUUCAUAAAAAGAUGUUUAUGAAUCAUUAUUAAUGAUACCAGACAGUUUAUUACUGUAAAAUGUUUAUGAUAAUCAAACAAAUAAAUUUAAUUAGUUUCUCUUAUUGAACUUUUUAUUUGCAAAGAGCCGAGCAAAAAUAAAUAAAAGUUAUUGGUUUCUCUAAUUUAACUAACAGCACCAUCUACGGGCAAGGAUACAACAGUCUACCAGAAAGAGAACUUCAUUUUCUCAUCCUGUUUAUAGACCAUUAUUUGAAGUAAGAAAGCUAAACAUAAAUAAGAAAAAGUGAAGAUGGUUAAAAUCUAUUUCAUUGCUUUAUUUUGAAGCUCCAGGUAUUCUGAGUAGAUUCUCCAAUAAUAUCUGUUUUUGACAUUUACAUACAAAAAAAGCUGAUACAAAAAAAGCUGAUGAGAAACUUAUUAAUAAAAUACAAACCUUCCAAUGGUCAGUUAAGAUCUUACAUGGUUUAAAACAACUUGUCUUUCUCUUUCUUUACAUCUCUGAUGAGCAAUGUGGUUGUGAUUUAUUUACAUUUUAAUUAUUCAUUAUUAAUCAGCCCUUUGCAUAAUACAGCGGCAGAUUUUAUAAAUUGUAUAAGGGAAAGGAUGUAUAAAUUUUGUUUUUUUAUUUACAUUUUAAAUUUGGUACUUAAAGUGCUUACCACAAACACACCUCUUGUGCAGUAUAAAAAUAUUACGAGUAUAUUAAAUGGCAUUUUGAUGUGUAACUUUACUUUAUUUGCUUUGAUGAUGAAUAAUGUAGAAUAGCAAAAUCUUGUCCCUGGUGCAAGACAGCCAUGUUCAUGUUAUUUCACCUAUGACAUGUCAAAAUGUGUGCAUGGCAAUUUACUAAAUAACCUCCUAUUUAGUAGAACAUUAAUGUACAGAAAAGUGGUGAAACUUUUUAUUAUAUUAUGUAGAUGCUUGCCUGUGCCUGACCUAACAUGGUGUUUUGCAGUUCAGGUCUCUACAAGUAAGACCUAAAAGAUGGGUCAUAGCCCAGCAGGAACAGAAAAGAAAAAAAACCAAGAUGGAAUGAAACAACUCAUUAAAAAGUCUAACAAGA